GCAGUUGCUUACCGCCCUGGGCAGCUCGUCCUCUGCGGCCGCGCUGCCUCUGAGCAUCUCCGUUGCCAUUGACAAGAACGGCUUGUCGCCGCACAUCGCCAAGUUCGUCCUGAGUCUCGGGGCGACCAUAAACAUGGACGGGACCACCGCGUAUCUCAUUUGUGCCACGUCUUUCCUGGCGGCCCUGCAGGGCAUCACCCUGACAGCCGGGGACUACGCUUCCAUGGUUCUUAUGGCCACCCUCUGCUCCAUGGGUUCAGCCCCUGUACCCAGCGGGAGCCUGGUGCUUCUCACGACCUUGCUCACUUCCCUGAACAUUCCCGUCACAGAGACGUUUGGCUUGAUAACAGCCGUGGAUUGGCUCCUGGACCGAGUGAGGCAGGGGCCGAACCCGAAAACAUUAAGCCUCGCUGGGUCGAGGCUGCAAAGCCACUCUCCGCAAACAUGGACGUGUUCUGUUGCC